UGUGCGAGCUGUCGUCGACUGUUUACAUCAGCACAUGGCGGAAGCGGUUCUACUCUGUCAAAUUUUUCCUGAAUUUUUACAUAAUACAUCGAUGACAGCUUGAAAGAGCGUUAAAGAGUGAGGUCGCUUGUUUGGGGGGAAUCUGCGGAGUGGUGUGCGGCUUGUUUUGUGUCAGAUUAAUACGGUUUCUACCUGUGAACGACGUGAAGCGGUGCGGUCCAUUCGCACACAGCGGCGGUGAAGGGUGGUCACAGCGGGGAGAAGCCGAAUGAAGAGCCGUCGAGGGUUUGUCAGCGGAUUGAAGACGAGCUGCUGUGGAUCCUUGCCAUGGAUAAAGAGUUGACACCUUUGGACUGCCUGCUGCCCUCUGGCACGCUCAAAAUCUGUCUGAUCAUCCUCAACCAGCCUCUGGAUGUGAGCCACCUGCACAUCCUGUGGAGUAAAGCUCUCUUGAGGGCAUGUGCUGAUGGAGCUGCCAAUCACCUUUAUAACAUCACCGCUGGAGAACGUGGCAGCUUCCUCCCCGACUAUAUCAGUGGGGAUUUUGAUUCCAUUACUGCCAAGGUCAAAGCUUUCUAUGCGGACAAGGGGUGCAAGCUGAUAGAAACAGCCGACCAGGAUCUAACAGACUUCACCAAGUGUCUGGCAAUCAUGCUGGAGGAGAUUCAGACAAGACGGUUACAGGUGGAUGCUAUAGUGACCCUGGGCGGUCUGGCGGGCAGGUUUGACCAGACCAUGGCAUCUGUCGAGACGCUCCACCACGCUCUGUCCAUGACACAGCUGCCCGUGUUGAUCAUACAGGGGACGAGCCUCGCACAUCUACUCCGACCUGGCAGCCACCGACUUGGAAUGAACACAGGUCUGGAGGGGGACUGGUGCAGCCUCAUCCCAGUGGGAGGGCCGUGCCAAACAAUCACCACCGGGCUCAAAUGGAACCUGAACAACCAGGUCCUGCAGUUUGGGAAGCUGGUGAGCACAUCCAACACCUACGAGCCCGUCGCCCCUGGAAACCCCAGGAAGCCUGUCACUGUGACCACAGACCAGCCUCUACUGUGGAGCAUGGGCAUCCAGACAAAUAGAGAGUAGCACGGAAAAGGUUUGCUUUCUCAGUUAGUGAUUGACCAAUCAGAACAUAAAACAGGGAAUUCCGCAUCUCUGCUACAAGUGGUCUUCUAUAUUUUGUCAAAUUUGAAGUACAAAAAGAAAAUCACCUUUAGACAUGACAGAUAUCUCACUGAAGUGCUUUUAAGAAUUUUGCAUUACUUGGCCCAAAGGUAAUUCAAAACAGAACCAAAAUGUCCUGGACAAUGCUCUUCUGCUAGAUCAUUGUGUAGGGAUGGAUUAAAAAUGUAUCAGAGAAGUUUUGUCUUUGCAAUUGAAAAUGAACCUCAUACAGCUGGUCCAUUUAAGUAUUGAGAUCACAGCAUAUUGUAGAAAACUCAAACAAGUUGAGUCACAAUCACGAACUUUACAUCAUCAUUUAAAAAGUGCAGGAUUCCACUUCAAGAUGUGCCUUCUGUAUAGUCCUUUUUCACUGAUUAUUGAAUAAAAAGUAUUUCCACCUUUCUUCUUCUUCAGGUUAAAAAAAAUCUAGAGUACAGUGUAGCGUUGGCAGCAAUGCUGUUUGAGCCGACGGGGACAAAUCAAAGUGUGGGUUUUCAUUUGUUUUAUUUACACAGCAAAUACAAAUGUUGUGCACAGAACGUAAAAAUUGCCAUCCCCCUUCAGUCCCGAUCACGUCAGCCCCAUAUCACUUUACAGCACCGCCACCCGUCCCCAGGUAUUGAAAAACGAUUUUCUCUGUCCAGGAUUUAACCGCCACUGGAAGAAAGGAAUAAAAAAGGUGUGGUUAGGGACAAGAAAUGUGGCCAAUACUUUUUUUUAACAGUAAUAUUCACGUUUUUUAAUGACCCAGCUAUCGCAUUAAAAAUCGCCACUGAUGAAUCACUCAUGCCAAUUCUCCUUCGAGAAGAGACAAUCCGACUCCUCAAGGUCAGAAUAGUGUAUACUCUGACACCCUUUACCAGAUUAAUUGUAUUUGAAUGCUUUAAAUCUUUUACGCAUAAAAUACUAAAUAUUUUCUGUAAUAUUGGUCAGUUAGGUACCCGGAUGAGAUGCUGCUAUUUUACCACUUGUAACAAAAUGAACUGUCUUAUGCAAGAGAGGUGAAUAAGUCAUUUGUUUUGUUAUUAAUUAUAUACCUUAAUAAAUAAAUGUGCAAUUUCUACUGACAUUUUAGUGGAAAGUCCCUAACCUGUGGUCUUCAUUAAACUGAUUUGUUUUUGGUCA